CUGUAUCAUUCCAAUUUUAGCUAAAUUUUUACACUAUUCUAUGGCUCCUAAGGCGGAAAAGAAACCCGCAGCAUCGGAAAAACCUUCUGAUGAGAAAGUCCCAGCGGAGAAGAAACCAAAAGCCGGAAAAAAGCUUCCUACGAAGGAUGUGGGCCCUGGUAUCGGAGAAAAGAAGAAGAAGAAGGUGAAGAAGAGUUCCGAGACAUAUAAGAUCUAUAUAUUCAAAGUGUUGAAACAAGUGCAUCCUGAUAUUGGUAUUUCAAGCAAAGCGAUGGGAAUAAUGAACAGUUUUAUUAAUGAUAUAUUUGAGAAAUUGGCGCAAGAAUCAUCUAAGCUUGCAAGAUAUAAUAAGAAACCUACAAUUACGUCGAGGGAAAUUCAGACUGCUGUUAGAUUGGUUUUGCCUGGUGAAUUGGCUAAGCAUGCUGUAUCUGAAGGGACAAAAGCAGUUACCAAGUUUACAAGCUCUUAGAUUUAUUAGGGUUAUUUUGAGAAUUGUUC